GUUAUCGCUGCCCUUUUCGUGUCCCCUCUUCGCUGCUUGCCAUUGUGCUUCUUUCGCUGACCGUGUCUAGGGCCUGCCCAAGGAAUGGCAACGCAUGUUGCAGCAAAAUGGUAUCACAGAGCAGGAGCAGAAGCAGCACCCGCAGGCUGUCAUGGACGUCGUCACCUUCUACAAGGACAGUGCGGAGAAGAAUGGCGACGACGCGAUAUGGGACAAGAUGGGACCCGCUCAUCCCCAGGCAUACGCCUACCAGGCGAACCUCACGCCAGGCUACGGCACGCUUCAGCCGCUCCUCAGCCCUCCCCAGAGUCCUCGCUUCCCGCGGAACGACCAGGACAGCUUUGAGAACCCGCGUGCUCCUCCUCCGAUCCCUCGUAGCCAUACUUCGCCGGGUGUCGCGGCUCCGAACUCGCCUCAGAUCAAUGGCGCGCUCAUUCCGAACCGGCCAGCUCCAAGACCGCCAGGUACUGCAGGCUCUGCUAAUCUCGUUCCAACUCGGCCCGCUCCUCCAGCUCCCAGUCCGAUAAUCACACAGCAGCCAGUCCAGAGCCCACGGCAGGAGAACGACUUCCCGCAGGUUGCAUACGCUCCCCCAACGGUUACAGAUAGCGCUCAUGGGCCUCCCUCAGCGCCGCGUAGCCGUGCCAACACCACCGGCGGCACGCCGCCCCGCUUCGACUCUCCAUCGAGCGCCACAGCUAUCUCGCCCGCCCAGCAGUAUCAGCAGCAGCAAGCCCAAGCCAUGGCCGCUGCCCAGCAGUCGAUGUCUGUGAAGCAGCCCCAGCUCGCGAGAAGCGUGAGCCAACGAACACCGCAGCCCCAACCUCCACAUCUUGCCCCUGUCGCUCCCGCGCCGUCACAACCAUCACCACAGCAGCAAUUUGCCCAGCAAUCCGACCCGCAGAACAUUCCUCUCCCGUCACAGCAAGCUCGCGUUGGCCCUGCCCCUCGACCACGGCAGAGACCGCGACAGAGCCAAGGCCCGGAUAUUGUCGCCAAACUCAAUGCUAUUUGCACAAACGCAGAUCCCACCCUCAGAUAUCGGAACUUGAACAAGAUCGGCCAAGGCGCUUCCGGCGGAGUUUUCACCGCAUACGAGGUCGGAACGAACAAAUGCGUGGCGAUCAAGCAGAUGAAUCUAGAGCAGCAGCCCAAGAAAGACUUAAUCAUCAAUGAAAUCUUGGUCAUGAAGGAUAGCAAGCAUAAAAACAUUGUCAACUUCAUGGACAGUUUCCUUGUAAGAGGAGAUUUGUGGGUAGUCAUGGAGUACAUGGAAGGCGGUAGCCUCACGGACGUGGUUACUUUCAACAUCAUGUCAGAGGGCCAGAUUGCAGCAGUUUGUCGUGAAACCCUAAAUGGGUUACAACACCUUCAUUCGAAAGGCGUUAUCCAUCGAGACAUCAAAUCUGAUAACAUCCUUCUUUCACUCGAAGGCAACAUCAAGCUGACCGAUUUCGGGUUCUGCGCACAGAUCAACGAGAACCAUAAUAAGCGGACAACCAUGGUUGGCACUCCAUACUGGAUGGCCCCUGAAGUCGUCACACGCAAGGAAUACGGCCGCAAAGUCGACAUCUGGUCGUUGGGCAUCAUGGCAAUCGAAAUGAUUGAGGGAGAGCCGCCAUACUUGAACGAGAGCCCGCUCCGCGCGCUCUGGCUUAUUGCAACCAACGGGACCCCAACGAUUAAAGAAGAGCACGCGCUGACACCAGUAUUCCGUGACUUCUUGAACUUUUCCCUCAAGGUCGACCCGGACAAACGGGCUAGUGCUCAUGAUCUUCUUGUGCACCCGUUCAUCCAGACGGCAGAACCACUGAACACACUCGCCCCACUAGUUCUAGCAGCGAGGAAAGCAAGAGCUGAAGAGAGGCGGAAGAAGGGCGGUAUGUAGAUUGCUUCUGAAAGUAUUUCAGAACGCAUCUCAUCCGAGGGGCUACAGGUUCGGAGGCGACGCAAGCCAGCGGCAACGAUUCCUCGACCUCGAGUGUAGCCAACUCGUACGCCGAAUGGUACCGCAACGUCACGGAGCUGUAGGACGUCAUGGAUGCAAGAGGGCCAUGGCAGUGAUCUCGCCGACUCCGUUCGACCAGAAAAAUAGAAGUACAACGCACU